UGGAGAUGUGACGCACACAAAAUGUAUGGUCACAUUGUUGUUAUUUAUUGAAGAUUAGAAUGAACACAUUUCUGUGAUAUGUAGUACCAACUGUGCCCAGUAGGUAACAGUGCAGCGCUGUGGUUUCGACUUGUAUGUGCGCGACCAGCGCCGUCUCAUAACUUGAGAAGACGCUGAAUAGAGACGCUGAAUAGAGAAGCCGAACAGUUGCCUGUCUCAUUUAUUCCUGUUUUCUCAGGCACAAGUCUGUCAUCAGGCUCUGUCAAUCUGAGACCUGUAACAGAUCUUUGGGGGCUCGUCCGGGAUCGGCAGUGCUACGGAGGUCCGGAAACUGCUGAUCUAGUGAUCCAUGAAUCGUGGGCCAGAGUGACGACACGUUGCCAGAGCAAGGGGCACUACGAGUGUGCGACUGCCAGGGUGAGGGAACCAGCAGAGUGGAAUCCAAGCCAAGAGAGCGCAACUCAACAGUCCCAGGACUUCAACAACGUGCAGCAUGUCUGACAACGAGAGGAAAAGACUUGUUUGGACAAUAAAGAAAGGACUCCACCACCUGUCAGCUGAAAAGAUCUUCGAGCUUACUCAAAACAUUGGACCAAUUGAUGAGCUUCAAUCAGAUAAGUUGGACGAAGAUGACGAGGAGAGUUGUUUUGAAUAUCUGUCUGCAUAUAUGUCUUGCAAUUCCCUUUUGACGUUAGAAGAUGAGGGUAUGUCAUGGUUACUGGAUCUAAAAGAUAAAGUAGAUCAGAUCAUUGAAUGCCAUAGCGAGAGUCCGGAGAUUCAACAGUUAAAUACUGACAGAGCUAAUGCUAAUGAUUAUUCUGGAUUAAUGCUAAAUGAAGUGACUGGAGUGAACACUGACACACAUGGGACACACACACAAAUUGAUACAGACACUGCUAAUGCUGAUAACCAUGAACCUGAUAUGCAAAAGUUACUGUCCAGUUAUGAGGAGAUUUACAGCAAACUCCUCCAGUUAAAUGUCCCACUGACCACACAGGCUGCAGACAAGCAGGUACCUAGUUUGAGGGACCGUAACCCGCCUAGCAGGUUAAACACAUUUCACUCAACCCCAUGUUUACCUAACUCCAGCACAGAGAAACAGCCCACCCAGACCAGUAGGCUACACAUUGAUCACUCACCUCACUACAUACCUCAGUUCAGAACAGAGCAGCCCACUCAUGCAAGUGAAACUAUGAUAGCCUUAAGAGAUCUCCCACUGCUACAACGUAGGGAAUUUAAAAUACAUGGAGGGCAAAUAGGGGACACUGCAUCAGACAUGAGCUAUAACAGCAUCUGCAAACAAGUAGAAGAGGGACAGAGGGAGCGACACACUGAGAAUGAGAUUAUCAAAGGAGUCCUGCGUAUAAUUAAACCUGGAAACUUCAGAGAUAUGCUCACAAACAAAGAAGAAAUGACUGUCUCAGAGCUGAAAAGUUUCCUCCAAUCUCAUCUUGGUGAGAGGGGCAGCACAGAGUUAUUUCAAGAACUGAUGUGUGCAAAACAACAUGAACAUGAGACACCUCAGCAGUUCUUAUACAGGACAAUUGGACUGAAGCAGAAGAUAAUGUUCACAUCCAGACAAUCAAACUCUGUGGUUAAGUAUGAUGCAUCCACAGUACAGUGUGUGUUCCUUAACACCAUCUACCAAGGUCUGGGUGAGAAACAUGAAGAUGUGAGGCGAGAUCUAAAACCUCUUCUGUCUGACUCCACCCUGUCGGAUGAAUCAAUACUAAGACAAGUUAUCCAAACUACCAAUGAAGAAAGUGAAAGGAAGCGCAGACUGGGUCGCAGCUCAAUCCGCAAAGUGACUCAGGCUCACAGUACUCAUGCUGAACCGGAAAAGACGAACAAAGGUGACAAGAAUACUGAAACUGAAAAUAAAGACAAGACAAUUCAAAGACUAGCGGCUCAGGUCGAGACCUUAAACAAGACCAUAGAUUCAUUGAAGCAACUUAGAAUACAAACUCAGGCGUCUGAACAGCCAUACUCACCUGUGUAUAGAUACACCACUGACAAAGCUAUGUCACAGAGGAAAAAAAGACCCUUUGGAUGCCCUCAGUGUGUAGAACAAGGUCUACCUAACUGUAGCCAUUGUUUCGCUUGUGGAGGUGAAGGUCACCGUGCUGUAGGUUGCCUGAAGAAACCCAAAGCUGCCGGGAAACGGGCCUCGGUCACGGAAGAGGGACGACCUGUGACCACAUUCAAGACCAAGUCCCAUUACAGUGAUGUUCUGGCAUCCGAAACUGUCGAUGUCAGGUCAGGCACUUCCUCUCAGCUGUCCAACAAAACACCGCCAGUCACAGACAAAGUAGCUCCACUCAUAGGACGCAGAUCCCUGCUAAGAUGCAGCAUGGCAGGCUAUGCUGUCACCGUUCUGUUAGAUACUGGAGCAAAUGUGAGCAUCAUUGAUCGUACCUGGAAAGAAAAAUACUUACCCUGUCAAGAUACUCGACCCCUCAGUGAGCUCAUUGACAAGGAACUGGAUGUGCUAGCCAUUACAGGAGACGAAGUACCCUACGACGGAUGGGUUGAGCCAAGCUACACCAUGACCAAGGAAGAGAGUUUGAAAACGAACCAUUCAAAACUCUACAACAACUGA